CCCACUAGGUACGGAAGACCCCGCUAGACAGAUGACUCAGCACUCGCAUAAUUAUGGCGCUGGAGCCGCAGUCAAUUCUGUGAUUCGACGCGGAGCGCGGGCCGGCUGCUGUUAGCGCGGGGGGAGGGCUCGGCUCGCGCGCAGGCGCAAGGCAGAAGGACGUCGCUGCGCCCGGGCUUGCUGCAAGAGCGCGCGCGAAGCGUACUCAGCGUUUCAACAUGUCGGUCAACUGGGUCAUGAUCAGCACGGACGGCGGAUACACGCCGCUGCCCGGCGAAACGACACUGUACCAGUCACCGCAGCGCACGACGCUGAGCCUGCAGUCGAGCCACCGCCUCCCGCCCGCCGAGGCGUACAGCCAGCAGUGCAAGAACGGCGUCGUGUAUCUGACGAACAGACGGAUGAUCUACCUCCCCGUCACGCCCACGCCGACCUUCCGCUCCUUCGCCGUCCCCAUCCUCAACGUCGCCGACUCGCGCGUCACGGCGCCGUGGUUCGGCGCCAACAAGUGGGAGGCCCUGGUCCAUCCGGUCACGGGCGGCGGCAUCCCGCCUGCGCACGCUGAGCUGGACUGCACCAUCGAGUUCAAGGAGGGCGGCGCGUUUGACUUCCACAACACCUUCGAGCGCCUCAGGGAGCGUCUGCGCCAGACUAUCGACGUGGCGCGUGAGUCUGGCGGAGACGAGUCGCUUGCUGCCGCCGGUGUAGGCGGCUUGGAGGAUCUCCCGGCCUACGAGGAGAGCGGGCAGCACGUGAGGGUGCCGCAGGACGCUGCUGCGCCUGCUGCUGCUACUGCUCCUGCGCCUGCUGCUGCGACGCCCCCACCGCCCGCGGACAGCCCGCAGCAGUCGAGUCCGCUGCAGAGCCCACAGCCGUUCCAACCGCCGUCUGAACCGCCGCCGGGCUACGAGGAGGUCCAGAGGGGCAGUAUUGCGGAUGAGUUGGAGCGCAGGCUGUCGGAUCCUCACUGGGACGAGGAACUGCGGCGGUGAGACAGCGGCCGUGUUGAAUCAACUUUGGGAAGCAUGGCGUUCAGGAGGACAAGACGGAGCAAUCGAUCUGCGAGCAUCUAAUAUACACACACAAACACACACACACACACACACACACACACACGCAAACAAGUGAGGCCUCGGAGUCCUCCAACUCUAUCGAGGCACGUGCGUGUGCUUGCCUGAGUCUGCAACGUC